AUGGAAUUCCAUCUUCACGAUGAGGCCCCUCCGGCUUCAACAGCGCCAACCGAGUACGGGGACCAAUCUGCCGAGGAAUUCGAAACAUACAGCGAAAAGCCAACCCUCGGUGUCCCAGAGAAUAAUGUCCGUGAAGCCACCAGUGCCGAAACCCUUGCCGUCCACGGUAGCCCACAUAUUACCCCUCCCCCGGGUAGAGAUGCAGAAUGGAGUAUGACAGACCAAGUCAUUCGGAACAAGGAGCGUUCAGAAGCGGCAGGCUACAAAAAGCGUGAGCUAGGUGUAACAUGGCAGAACCUCACCGUCGAAGUAUUGGCUGCCGAGGCUGCUGUCAAGGAGAACCAGUUGACUCAGUAUAAUGUCAUUCAGCUCAUUCAGGACUGGCGCCGGAAGCCACCACUCAAACCAAUUCUGCAGGACAGCCAUGGCUGUGUCAAACCAGGUGAAAUGCUGCUCGUUUUGGGUCGUCCGGGCUCGGGCUGCACUACUCUUCUUAAGAUGCUCGCCAACCGGCGCGAGGGAUACCACACCGUGCACGGUGAUGUAUCUUUUGGAAAUAUGAGUUCGGAGGAAGCAGCCCACUAUCGGGGUCAGAUUGUUAUGAAUACCGAGGAAGAGCUGUUUUAUCCUCGUCUAACAGUUGGACAAACAAUGGAUUUUGCAACUAAGCUCAAGGUCCCGGCACAUCUUCCGGCUGAAGCCAAAUCUGUCAACGAUUAUGUUGCCGAGACGAAACAUUUUCUACUAGAGUCCAUGAAGAUUGCACACACUGCCGAUACCAAGGUUGGCAAUGAAUUCGUUCGAGGUGUUUCGGGUGGUGAGAGAAAACGAGUCUCCAUUAUCGAAUGCAUGGCCACCAAUGGCUCUAUUUUCACCUGGGACAACAGCACCAGAGGUCUUGAUGCGAGCACAGCCUUGGAGUGGGCUAAAGCCCUCAGAGCAAUGACUAAUGUAAUGGGACUUUCGACCAUUGUGACCCUCUACCAAGCUGGAAACGGUAUCUACAACCUUUUUGAUAAAGUCUUGGUGCUGGACGAAGGAAAACAGAUUUACUAUGGCCCAGCUGCCGCUGCCAAGCCGUUCAUGGAGAAUCUAGGCUUUGUGUACUCCGAUGGUGCCAAUAUUGGUGACUAUUUGACGGGUGUGACUGUCCCGACCGAGCGAAAAAUCCGACCCGGAUAUGAGAGCCGUUUCCCAAAGAAUGCCGAGGGGAUUUUGGCAGAAUACCAGCGAUCCACGUUAUACCAGAAUAUGGUUAGGGAAUAUGAUUAUCCUCAAUCUGAUGCUGCCCGUCAGCGGACGGAAGAGUUCAAGGAGUCUGUGGCCUGGGAAAAGGCAAAGCACCUUCCAAAUAGUAGCACACUCACCGUUGCUUCUGGGAUCAGCUCAUCGCUUGUGCUGUCGGUUGUGAUGGCUCUCAUCGCUGGAUCCUGCUUCUACAACUCCCCUGAUACGACCGCGGGAUUAUUCACAAAGGGCGGUGCUGUCUUCUUUGCGCUCUUGUACAACUGUAUCGUUGCCAUGUCUGAGGUCACUGAAUCUUUCAAAGGUCGUCCGGUGCUAGUUAAGCACAAGUCCUUUGCAAUGUACCACCCAUCUGCCUUCUGUCUCGCCCAGAUUACCGCCGAUCUGCCUGUUCUUCUGGUCCAAUGCACUCUCUUUGCCAUUGUGAUUUACUGGAUGACGGGCCUGAAACAUACUGCGGCGGCUUUUUUCACCUUCUGGGCUAUUCUAUUCACCACCACCUUGUGUAUCACAGCCCUGUUCAGAUGUAUUGGCGCUGCUUUUAGUACAUUUGAAGCUGCGUCGAAGAUCUCGGGAACUGCUGUCAAGGGCAUCGUCAUGUAUGCUGGUUAUAUGAUUCCCAAAGGACACAUCAAGAACUGGUUCCUUGAGUUGUACUAUACGAACCCGUUUGCGUAUGCGUUCCAAGCGGCUUUAUCAAACGAAUUCCACGGGCAAACUAUUCCCUGUGUUGGAAAUAACCUUGUGCCCAAUGGUCCUGGCUAUGAAAAUGUCAGCUCCGCGAACAAGGCCUGCACAGGUGUCGGAGGUGCUCUUCCUGGGGCCGACUACGUUACGGGCGACCAAUAUCUCCUUUCCCUUCAUUAUAAACAUUCGCAACUGUGGAGAAACUAUGGUGUUCUCUGGGGCUGGUGGGGAUUCUUCGCUGUCGUCACGAUCAUUUGUACCUCUUUCUGGAAGGGUGGAGCCGGGGCUGGGGCCUCUCUCCUUAUCCCUCGGGAGAAACUCAAGGCCCAUCGUGCCCAUCUGGAUGCAGAGGCUCAGAAAGAGAAAGAUCCCGCACGCGAAAAAGGCUCUGGCGAUGCGUUGACCUCCGUUGAUGAAGGGAAUCUGACCCACAAUACAUCCAUAUUCACCUGGAAGAACCUCACAUACACAGUUGAUACCCCCACUGGCGAGAGGGUUCUAUUGGACAAUAUCCAUGGAUGGGUUAAACCUGGUAUGUUAGGUGCAUUGAUGGGAUCUUCCGGUGCAGGAAAAACCACAUUACUCGACGUUCUUGCUCAGCGCAAAACCGAAGGUACAAUCAAGGGUUCAAUUAUGGUUGAUGGUCGUGAGCUGCCCGUAUCAUUCCAACGAAUGGCAGGCUACUGCGAGCAGUUGGAUGUUCAUGAGCCCUUCGCAACUGUCCGAGAGGCAUUGGAAUUUUCCGCACUGCUCCGGCAAUCUAGAGACAUCCCCAGAGAAGAAAAGCUCAAGUACGUCGAUACUAUUAUUGAUCUACUUGAGCUUCACGACCUGGCAGAUACUCUGAUCGGCACAGUCGGCAAUGGACUUAGUGUGGAACAGAGAAAACGUGUCACUAUUGGAGUGGAGCUGGUAUCGAAGCCCAGUAUCCUAAUCUUCUUGGACGAACCCACGUCUGGUUUAGAUGGACAAUCAGCCUAUAAUACAGUCAGAUUCCUUCGAAAGCUUGCAGACGUCGGUCAAGCCGUGCUAGUAACAAUUCAUCAGCCCUCCGCCCAGCUCUUCGCGCAGUUUGAUACUCUACUUCUGCUUGCUAGGGGCGGAAAGACGGUGUAUUUCGGAGAUAUUGGUGACAACGGCGCCGCCAUCAAACAAUACUUUGGCAAGUAUGGUGCUUCAUGUCCGAUUGAGGCGAACCCUGCUGAGUUCAUGAUUGAUGUGGUGACUGGGGGCAUCGAAGAGGUGAAAGAUAAGGACUGGCACCAGAUCUGGCUUGAGUCUCCUGAACAUGAACACAUGAUGGUCGAGCUCGAUCAUUUGAUUUCUGACGCCGCUGCGAAGCCCCCUGGAACUCACGAUGAUGGCUAUGAGUUCUCGAUGCCCUUGUGGGAUCAAGUCAAGAUUGUCACCCACCGCAUGAAUGUCGCACUAUUCCGGAAUACCAACUACGUCAAUAACAAGUUCUCGUUGCACAUUAUUUCUGCGCUGCUAAACGGAUUCUCCUUCUGGCACACCGGCCCCAGUGUAUCAGCUCUGAACUUGAAGAUGUUCACGAUCUUCAACUUUGUAUUCGUUGCGCCUGGUGUCAUUAACCAACUUCAGCCAUUAUUUAUCCAGCGCCGUGAUAUCUACGACGCUCGUGAAAAGAAGUCCAAGAUGUAUUCUUGGGUUGCCUUUGUUACCGGGUUGAUUGUCUCCGAGUUUCCCUAUCUUUGCGUCUGUGCCGUUCUCUAUUUUGCCUGCUGGUAUUACUGUGUGAGACUGCCUUGGGCCUCUAACCGGUCCGGUGCCACGUUCUUUAUCAUGCUCAUCUACGAGUUUAUCUAUACCGGUAUUGGCCAGUUCGUUGCAGCCUACGCCCCAAAUCCGACCUUUGCCGCGCUUGUCAACCCUCUGAUCAUCAGCACGCUCACCUUGAUGUGCGGUAUUUUCGUACCUUACUCCCAAUUGACCGUGUUCUGGAGAUACUGGAUGUACUAUCUGAACCCGUUCAACUACGUUACCUCUGGAAUGCUAGUGUUCGGCAUCUGGGGCGCCAAGGUGACCUGCAACGAGGAUGAAUUUGCGAUUUUCGACCCGGUCAACGGUACCUGCGGUGAUUAUCUCGCCGACUUCAUGGCGGGCAGCGGCUCGAGGAUCAACCUGACCAACCCUGACGCUACAUCGGGCUGCAGGGUUUGCGAGUACCGCACUGGUAGUGACUUCCUGACUACCCUCAACAUCAACCACUACUACUACGGCUGGAGAGACGCCGGUAUUUCCGUUAUCUUCGCGAUCAGCGGAUACGCUUUGGUCUUUGCCUUGAUGAAGCUGAGGACCAAGGCUUCGAAGAAGGCUGAAUAG